AAUCCCUGGGAAGAGCUGUAGCUGCUUCAGCAAGGUCUGUGCAGCGCACCGCCAGUUUUGGAUGCUGCAAGACCUUGUGGCACCGGGUGAAGCCAGCUGUGCUGGUCUCGGAGAGCUCCAGCCUGCGGGUCCUGGGCCACCUCAGCAAACAGAAGGAGCCGAUGCACCAUCCCACAGCCGUUUAUAAAUUGGAGUUUUUCCCUUGAGCUGGACCUUCUCAUUCAAACAUGGAUAAUCCUCCGCUUUAUUGGUGUCUACUGCUGUUCUUGCGAGCUAGGAAUUGCUGGUAAAACAUUUGGGAACGCUAAGGGCUACGAGCCGAGCCUGGACCAGCAACGAGCUCACGGGCGCCGCUCGACGUCCCGGCUGGGUGGAGCUGUCCCUGCGGCGUAGGCUGCGAAAGCGGCCGUCCCGGCGAACGUGCAGGUCUUUCCAAAAUGGAGAGCGCGUUGCUCGCCGUGGUGGUCCUCGCCUCACUCGCAGCGUUAGCAGACGGUAUCGAUCCAAAGCAUGCUAUCGAAAUCUACAGCCUCCACGUGGACUGCAAAGUCACGUCCCGAUUUGCUCACACGGUCAUCACCAGCAAAAUUGUCAACCGGGCUAAUGCAUCCAGCGAGGUGACCUUUGAAGUGGAGCUACCCAAGACAGCCUUCAUCUCCAACUUCUCCAUGUCCAUCGACGGCAAAGUCUACCCAGGAAUAAUAAAGGAGAAGGCGUCCGCUCAAAAGCAGUAUGACACUGCGGUCUCACACGGGCAAAGCGCUGGCCUCGUGAAAAUCACGGGGAGAAAACUGGAGCAGUUUCAGGUCUCGGUAAGCGUCGCGGCCGGCAGCCGGGUCACUUUCGAGCUGACGCACGAGGAGCUGCUGAAGCGGCGGCUGGGCAAGUACGAGCUGCUGCUCAAGGUGAGGCCGAAGCAGCUCGUUCAGCACUUCCAGAUCGACGUGCACAUCUUCGAGCCCCAAGGCAUUCGCUUCCUGGAGACCAACAGCACCUUCCUGACGAACGAGUUAACGGAGGCACUUACCAAAGUGCAGGACGAAACCAAGGCUCAUAUCCUCUUUAAGCCAACGGUAGAUCAACAAAAGAUAAGUCCCGAACUGGGUGAAACCCUCCUCAACGGUGAUUUCCUCGUGCGUUAUGACGUUAGGCGAGAUGCGACCGCAGGUGAUAUACAGAUUGUCAAUGGGUAUUUCGUGCAUUAUUUCGCACCCCGCGAAAUGCCAGUGUUUCCCAAAAACGUCGUCUUUGUUAUAGAUCGAAGUGGCUCUAUGGCAGGCAGAAAAAUCGAGCAGACGAGGGACGCUCUCCUGAAGAUUUUGCAAGACCUCCGGGCAGAAGACCACUUCAGCUUCAUCACCUUUAACAGCAAAGUUGCAGAGUGGAGGAGCUCCUUGCUGGAAGCCACAGCAGAGAACGUGGCGAGAGCUGCGGCAUUUGUGCAAACUCUUAUCGCUAGUGGAGGCACAGACAUCCAGCAGGCCCUGCUGGCGGCGGUGGACGCGCUGCGCAGAGCCGAGGCGCUGCCCGAGCGGAGCGUGUCCAUGAUCAUUUUGCUGACGGACGGUCAGCCCACCUCUGGUGAGACCGACGUGGAAGUAAUCCAAGAAGACAUCCAGAAAGCCAUCAGCGGGAAGUAUGCCCUCUUCUGCCUCGGCUUCGGUUUCGACGUCAGUUAUAAGUUCCUUGAGAAAAUGGCCCUGAGCAACGGGGGAAUUGCACGGCGUAUAUACGAAAACGCGGACGCAGCCUUGCAGCUCCAGGGCUUUUAUCAGGAGGUGGCUACUCCAAUAUUAACCAAAAUUGAAAUGCAGUAUCCAGAAAAUGCCAUUGAGGGAUUAACCAAGACCAAUUUCAAGCUGUUUUUUGAAGGGUCUGAAAUCGUAGUAUCUGGAAAAAUCAGCAACGAGCUUGAUCUUCUGCCAGUAGAAAUUAAAGCUCAGUCACAUACUAGUGACUUGACUCUUAAAGAAGAAGCAAACGUUAAAGAGAAGGAGCAAGUGUUUCAAAACCAAAGCUACAUCUUUGGAAACUUCAUUGAGAGACUGUGGGCUUACUUAACCAUUCAACAGCUUCUAGAAAAAUCUAUUUCAGCACAAGACGACCAGCAGAAAGCCCUGGAGGCGCGCGCCCUGGAGCUGUCCCUGCGGUACGGCUUCGUUACCCCCCUCACCUCGCUGCUGGUCACCAAACCCGCCGAGCAGCCGCAGGCGGAGCUGGCCAACAAGCCCACCGAAGCCGAUAACGAGAAGCCCAGCACUUUGCUAGUAGGAGCAUCCGUCAGAAAAUUAAGCUCCAGACCUUUUGGAAAGAUUUAUGAGGAUGACUUAGAUGCUUAUAGACUGAGGAGUGGAUCACUUCCCAGUCGCUGGCGCUCUCCGCUCCACUCUGGCAGCAACAAGAAGCUGCACUCGCCAGUUUUCAGGCUAUUGGAACAAACAACACCCCAACUCCCUGCCAAUGCAUAUCCCCAGCUUCUCUUGCAAUUACCUGGACAAAAUGAAAUAAUCUGCGUCAAUACUGAUGGGCAAGCACAGUCUUCUGUAGACCUGCUGUCUGAUCCAGAGCAAGGAAUCUCCGUGACUGGGAAUCUUGGGGACAAAACAAAUCACUUUGUGCAGUUCAGAAUUACCUAUGUGACCCCCCCUGUGCAAAUCCACGUCUCCACCGACGCGGUCGUAGUACACCGCAACCACGAGACCACGCGGCUGCCGUGGACCAAGUCUGCCGCCUCCACAGUCCAGGGGCUGAGAAUCUCCAUCGAAAAGGAACGAAGCCUGACAAUGUCGCUGUCUGACACCGUCACAGUAAAAAUAGCCUUUGUUAAGCCUCCAGGUGGUUUCCUUGGGCUGUAUUUCUUGGACACCAACCAUUUUUCUGACAAUGUCAGCGGAGUUCUUGGUCAACUGUAUUCAAAAGCACGACUCGAAAAUAAGCGCAGUGUGAAUCAGAGGGAUGAUGAGAGACUCCUAAGUGUAUCUGGAUCUGAGCACAGAGUUACCAGGCAAUACAAGAAAGAUUACAGGCUUGAGUCAGCCAGUGAUCCUGUUUCCUGCUGGUCACUAGAUAUAACUUCCUAGAGAAGAAUGAUUUGAGAAAGAAAACACUGCAAAUGACGCUCUUCCAAACAUUUUUGAUACUCUUUCAUCAAGAGAACUGCAAAGUUACUGCCUUACUUGUUAAUGCAGGAAUGUCAUAAAUAUCUUAGCUCAAAAUCGUUAUACUUUUAAGAAGAGAAUCUGCUUGCUUGUUGUUUGUAAUUUUUAAAUGGUUUAUAAUACUCAAUUUGGUAACGUUACGGAAGAUUCAUGUAAACUAAAUAAAAUUGGCAUUUUCAGCUUACAGUUUCA